AUGUUUUGCAAUAGACAAAGUCAUCCAGCAUUUUUAGGAGCAGGAGAACCAGCAGUGAGUGUACCCAAGGAUGCAAUGGUAUCUAAGAACAAGAAAGUGAAUAAAACAGUUUCUUCUAAAACUUUACCCACAACAACUGCGAAGGGCAUUUCUGCUAAGGUGACUUCAACAUUAAUCCCGAGGAAGCCAAACCCUACCACAAUGAGAUCGUUUGAGUCAACCACAACCCAUUUACCAAAUGUUACUACAACCUCCACUGCGACUGUAGAAACGACAAAAGUUGCUACACCAAGCACAACAACUCAAGAGGAGGUCCCUGAGACAAUAACUUUGAAAAUCACGACGGAUAACAACCCUGAGGAUAUGACAACUCGAUGGAUUGGUACAAAUCCAUGCGAGCUAUCGCCGGACAAAGGUGUCUCAGGUGGUAUUGCGCAAAAAAUGUGGUACUUUGAGGAGUCCACGUUAUCCUGUCAACCAUUCACCUUCCUGGGAUCCGGUGGGAAUGCAAAUCGCUUCAAAGACAAAGAUGAAUGCCAGAAAGUCUGUGGAAGUGGUAUGAGUUUCCACUAA